GGUUAAAGUUUCAUCUUAUUUGUUGAUAACGAUCUUCGGGAAAUCAACUGAUUUUUAAACUCAAAAUAGAUUUAAUAGAUUUAAACCGUGUGCUUUUAAAUUUCUACAACUAUUUUUGCUUAUCAGGUCUAAGUUUACGUCUUUCUAAGAUACUGAAGACUAUUCGCAUUUUCAGUCAUUGAUCAAAUAAGACUCCAUCUGUUAUGAUUAUUUUUUUUUUUUAAUAAAUCAACCAUUUUAAUUCAAAUUCGUUAAAUAACGACACAUACUAUGGCUUAUGUAUGUCAGGAUUUAUAUGAAUUGAAGUUGGUUGUACGAUGUGCAAUUGUUGCCACUCUAGAUGCUCUAACUAUAGAAGAACUGUGGAAAAAGGUAAUUUAUGUAUUCGGAGGACCAAGUCAUAUUAAUUUAAAUGUUUUCGGUUAUGACACAUUUUUUGAUUUCUUGAAGAGUAUACCAGAUGUUGUUCAGCUUGAAGACCCAGAAGAUACAGAUUCAAUUGUGAAUUUAGUGAGCUCCGAAUUGAGCAGGCACAUGGAAGUAUUAGUUUCAACAAAUAUAAUAAGGCCACCUUCAUUGAAUAAUAAUUUAUCUCGGAAUGAUAUACUGGUGCCAUAUCGAUUACAAUGUGCUUUUAUCAGAAUAUUUGCUGAAUUAUAUCCUGAAGGAUUGUCAAUUGAAGAUUUUCAUUCAAAUGUUUUGUGUAUUCCUUUGUUCAGAUCAUUGAGUAUCCAUACUGAAGCUUUAAUAUCAAAUCUAGAUCAUAUAUUUCAAAGAAAUGGAUUAGAUAUGAUUUGUUUACAACCAUCAUUAGUAAAAAGUUUAAGAGAAAUAAAAGAAGAAAAUAAAUUUACAGCAAUGGAUAUAUACAACAUUGAUGAAAAUUCAUUGGAAAACGAAGAUGAGGAAAAAAAAAUGAUUAAUGGACUUGAAUACCAAUUAUUUUAUAUUUUGGAAGAAUCAAUUAAGAAUAAUAUUGAAUUAUUAUUGGAUGAAAAUGAACACUGUUGGAUAUCAGAGAGAAAUAUAUGCACAUUGUAUAUAGAAAAAUAUGGAUCUUCAUUUUCUCAUUUUAGACGAUGGGGUUUUAACAGAGUAAGUCAUAUGUUUUCAAAACUACCAGAGUUAUGUUGUAUACAUUUUAUACAAGAUGAGGUAGAAAUAAUAUCAGUAAAAAAUCACAUUUGUGACUUGAAAAAAGAUUUAGUAGACGAACUAUCAAGUAAAAAAUACUAUGAAUUUUCCAUUUCUAAAAAAGAUAAAUCUGAAAAAGAACCUGAUGAAAAUGAUGGAGCGUUGAAAACAUUUUUAAAAAAUGAUCCAUUUUUUAAGGCAUCACUGAACGAUUGUUUUUUGGAUCAAAAAAUUAAGAAAAUUGAAUUACAAAUUGAUAACUCAUUAAAUGUCCAUGUUUGUAGAGUGAACACAAAUAUUAUACCAACCAUUAUAUGUCAACCCAUUGAUACAUCUCAAGAACUUCAGCAUGUAUUAAAUGAUAUGAAAAAAUAUUAUUUUGUGUAUGAAUCAUUUUUUGUAUUUGAGGCAUCUCUAAUUAUGAUGGAACAUACUUAUGCAUUUUUUUUGGACGAUUUAUGGUUUAGAGGAAUUGUUAUUGAUAUUAAAUUUAAUGUAAUCAAAAUGCUGGAUAUUGACAAUGGUUCUAUACAUUUGGUUCCAAUUGAGAAUAUUAGAUUGUUAUGUAAAAAAUUUAGUCAUCUACCAGCUCAAGCAAUUACUUGUCACUUACACGGAAUAGAAGAUGUAGAUGAAGAUGAACUUACCAAAAUUGUUAAUAAAAACUGUACAAUUUCUAUAGUUUCAAUCAAUCAAAAUAAAUCUGCAAAUGUUAACAUAAAAUUAAUGGAUUCUACAUCAGAUGAUUACUUAAAUAAUGAAUGGAUCAAAAAUGGUAUUGCUGAGCCAGACAGCUCUUCAGAUGAUGAAUAGAAAUACAGUGUUGUAUAUUUGUGUAUACAAUUGCUAUGUAUUCAUUAAUUAGGUAUGCAUUUAUUUAAAAUGCUAUUCUUUUAAUAUUUCAAUUCUUAUUGGCUAUACACAAAUAAAGUGGAACCACGACUGAAUAAAAAUACUUUAUUUGGAUUUUCA